AUGGAUAAGAAGCGAGCAGACAUCCGCAAGUUCUUUAAGCCGAAGGCAUCGUCAGAUGCGGCCUCAAAGGAGGCACAGAGGAAUGACGCCUCCAAGCCGACAGAACCCGCGUCUCCAGGCUCGCAGAGAGCGACAAGGAGACAAUCGAUGCAGGUCCUCACAGACGGCGACUCGCCCUCGGGCACUCCAAAGAAGCGCGCGGCAGCCCACCCGCGCGGCAAGCGCAGCCGGCUGCGCCGCCUGAGUUCGUCGGAGGACGAGGGGUGUUCGCGCCACGGCUCCGCAUCGCCGCCCUCUUCAUCGAAGGCCGCGGCGAAGAAGAGCCAGGCAAGCUGCGAGACGAGGCCGCGCGAGGUCAAGAGGCGAUGCGAGGGAGACGCGGCGGGAGACGCCGCGCGGCAUAAGGACAAGCACACCCUGGCGGCGAGCGACACCACGAAGCUCAGCGACGCGCAGAGAAGCCAGUCACCUUUCCGCACGGAGGUCGUGGACGUCGAUGAAUUUUUUGCGAACGCCGUGGAGAAGGCGGUGGAGAAAGCGAAGGGCGGGCGGGCGUCUGCGCGGCGCGAAGGCGAAGACGCGGGCGCGGAGGAGGCGAAGGGCGGCGAGUCAACGGGAGCGAGCGCGCCCGCCAAGACGGCCAGCCAGUGGGCGAAGCUCGUGAAGGCCAUGGAGCCCGAGAAGAUCCGCCAGGAGCGGCGGAGACAAGAAGCCGGAGACGCCGCGACGGUCCGCCCCUCAGACGACGAAGCAGACGGGCGCGGGAAGAAGAGCGAGCAAGCGCGGGGGCGGGACAGCGAGGAAGAAUACGUGGAGGAGAGCGAAGACGAAGAGAGUGCAGAUGAUUACGAGGAAGACGAGAGUGGAGACGAGGACAUCGAGGUGAAACACGCCAAGGUGAAGAAGGUGGGAAGCCUUCGCAAGAAACGUGGCGGCCAGGCCUCGGACUGCGCACUCGCCCCAGCGUCGCCGCCGGCGUCUCCCUCGAAAAAACAAAUCAAGACGGAGAGUAGGAGCCACGGGGCGAGGGACGGUGAAGGCGCUUCUUUCACAGCUGCGUCUGGCAGCUCGGAAGGCGCGACUGGCGUCUCGAAGAGGCGUCUCGAGGACUCGGCGUCGCCCUCGAAGAAAAAGCGAAAGAACGAGGUGAAGGAAGAAGGGGCCCAGGCUCUGGCCGCAAGCACUGCCUUUGCUGGAAAAACGUUCGUCUUCACAGGCGUCCUCGACGCGAUGAGCCGCGAAGACGCCGUCGCUGCUGUCCUCGAACACGGCGGCCGCUGCACCUCCGCGGUUCUGCAGAGGCCCUCGCUGGCCCUCGUGGCUGGCGCGGAAUGGAUGCCUCCAGACGAACUGGCUUUCGGCGAAGCAGGCGUGCAGACCGCUACACACGGCAAGCCCACAUCCUUGCAGAAAUGUGUUUGUUUCCACGACAGGCUCGGUGCUGGAGGACGGCCGAGAGGUGACGUCUGGCUCCAAGUACCGCAAGGCGAUGCAGCUCGUCGAGCAAGCGGCCGCGGGGGGAAGAAGAAGCCAGGGAUUUCGUCGCUGGCGAUUUUGACGGAACGAGAAUUCCUCGCGAUGCUGCCGGCGGCUGCGGGCCGAAGACUCCCCUCCUCGCCCGUGGCGGGGGCGCUGAGUACCCUGACCGCCCCCGCGCAGGCCAAGCUCGCCGCCACCGCUGGCGCAGAAGGCGACGGAGAGCCGGCAAGUCGCCCUGCUGCCCUGAAGAACACCGACGCAAAAAACGUCUUGUGGGCCGAAAAAUACAGGCCGCGGCGCGCGGAGGAGUUCGUCGGAAACCGCGAGCACUUGCGGACGCUCCAGGCCUGGCUCGAGGACUGGAAAGACGUCUGCCUGCUCGGAAAGAAGAAGAAGCCACCGCAGCGGAGCUUCGCGCCGUCCUUCUCUCCCUUUGGCUUUCCACCGACCGUCAACCUCAAUGCCCGCGCAGCUCUUCUCAGCGGCCCUCCAGGCACCGGCAAAACGACGGCGGCGCGCCUCGCGGCCGAGGCUGCAGGCUACGAUGUGCUCGAAUACAACGCGUCGGAUGCUCGCAACAAAGCGCAUAUCGAAGAUAUUGGAAAUAUGACCUCUGGCGGCCUGACGCUUCACUCGUUCAUCGACCAAAAGAAUGAAGCGUCCCAUGGGGCACCAGGAAGGAACGCACAGCGACCGCGAGGCGCAUGCGUUCUCAUGGACGAAGUUGACGGUCUGAGUGGAGGCGAUCGCGGCGGCGCUCAGGCCAUCGUGAAGCUCAUCGAGACGAGCAAGUGCCCCAUCAUCUGCAUUUGUAACGAUCGUAUGCAUUCCAAGGUGCGGACGAUCGCCUCCAAGUGCUUGGAUCUUCGCUUUCAAGCUCCCCAUGCGGCAGGCCUCAAGCAGCGCGUGCAAGAUAUCGCGGCAGCGGAAAAGCUCCAGCUGGUGCCCCAGGCCGUCGACUACUUGUGUGAAUCUAGCGGUGGCGAUCUGCGGCAGAUCAUGAACUCGCUUCAGAUGCUGGCGUUCGAAGCUCGGACCGUGAAGAAUGCUGACGGACUGGACUCAGACGGCCAGCCUGGCGGCGACAAAUCGGCGUUCAUCGUGGGCCUUAAGGAUGAACAGGUGAUGUUCGGCCCGUUCGAGUGCUGCAAGCAACUGCUGGACAGCCACCAAGCCGCGAAGCUGUCUCGGCGGCAGAAGCUCGACAGAUUCUUCACGGACUACGACAUGCUUCCGCUCCUCAUUCAGGAGAAUUACGUUGAGUCCUUCCGCCAGGGUCAGCAAUGCGGGUCGUCCCCCACCGCGGGAACCUCCGCGAGUCCCUACUCGUAUACGGCAAAGAAGCAAUUCUCUUCUGCAAACGCGCGUCCUGGGGGGUCCACGAACGAUGCGAUGCUAACAAACCUGGUCGCCUCCGCUGCAUGUGACCUCGUUGAAGCAGAUGUUAUGAACUGCGUGCUGAGGACGAACCAACAGUGGGGACUGCUUCCGGACAUCGGCUUCUUCUGCUGUGUCUCCCUGCCUUCCAAAGUCGAGAAGGCUCAGGGCUGUCUGGGUCGCGUUCAAUUCCCUUCUUGGUUGGGCCGCAACAGCACGCAGACGAAGCACAAGCGCCUGCUGACCGAGCUGCUUCUCGUGCUUCUCAACCGUCUUCAGUGCUGCAGCACAAGCAGCGGCCUGAAACUUUCGGGCUACCUCGAUGCGCUCUACAGAAAGUGCGUCGGUCCCUUAGCGAGCGCGGGCAAAGAGGACCCCAAACUAGCGGUGGAAGCUGCGAUGCGGGCCAUGGCGGAGUAUUCCCUCACGCGAGUGAUGGUGGUUGAGAAUCUUAACUCCCUGCGCCUGAAAAGCCAAGAGCGGCUGUAUGACGCGGUCGAAACCCGUGUUAAGAGCAGCUUUACUCGCAUGUGCAACGCUGCAGCCAAGGCAUCGUCUGCCUCUAUCGUGGAGGCCAAAAAGAGCAGGAACGCCAAGAGUUGGGCGGCGGAAGAAGAAGAAGGCGAGGAAGGCGCGGAAGAAGCCCCUGGUGACGAUGACCCUGAUGCCGCGGACGAUGACGAAGAUCCCCUCCGCGACUACUGCAUUGUUGCGGCCGUCAAGAGGCAAAAGAGUGCGAAUGGCUCCGGAGCGAGAGCUCAGCGAGGCCGCGGAGGCUCAACCGCUGCAAGGUCCUCGGGGAGCCAGGGAAAAGCUCCUGCAGGGGAGGCCGCGCGCCGAGGCAGGGGCGGUCGCGGCAAAGGGUCGGCUCGUGGCAAGAACACGUAG